UGAGGGGAGGAGGAGGGGGGGUCCUAAAAGAGUUCGUUGGCACUCUGGUUUCAUCACUUCAGACCUCGACUACCCUUGAGCGGUUCAUCAGGACGCAUUUUGGGCGCUCGGAUACCCUACUUGCUGUAGUCAACGACUUUCUUUCAUAUUUUGAUCGCGUUUGCUGUGGUUUCCAGACAAUAAGAAGCCAAAGAGGAGAACGUGAGGUUUUCGCCAUGGGAGCUCAGACCUCAGCGCAACGGGACGGGAAGACUCAAGAAGAUGCGUCAGCGGAGGAGCUGAGUGCCGAGGUGAACGCAACCCAGGAAGACAGCGGCGUCGAUGCCAAGCUGCUGCAAAAGAAUGGACAGAUCUCCAGCAUCUCCAGCCUCAAUGGACACUCAGAAGACAGUUCCCUGGCCGAAGUCGGCCAGACAGACGGCGGGUCUCAGAAGGAGGAGGUUCCUGAGACGAUGGACACCCUCCAAGGGGAGGUGGCCCCCCAGGUCAACGGAGAGAAGGAGGAGAAGGGGACACCCGAUGCGGACGACAUCACAGCCAGCGAGGAGAAGGCUACGGAGGAGAAACCCGGAGAGGCCAACGAAGUGGGCUUUAAGAAGAUCUUCCGCUUUGUGGGCUUCAAGUUCACCCUGAAAAAGGACAAGAACGAGAAGACGGAACCCGUGCAACUGCUGACCGUGAAGGACAAGGACGGAGAGGCCAGCGGGUCUGAGGAGGUGCAGGAGGAAGUGGCUGCUGGGAAGAAGGGGGAGGCCGAGGGUCAGGCCGCGGAGCCGGAGGCUCCGUCCUCCGAGGCCACGCCCGAGGCUGCUGCUGCAGCAGACGUUGAGACUCCAGCUGAUGCCGUGGAUGGAGAAGCGGCCUCAGAGGAGGCACCAAAGGAGGAGGGGGAGGAGGAGGAGGGAGAGAAACAAUGCGAGGACCAGGCUGGAUCUCCUACUAGCCCACCUAGCCAGGAGGUCACCCAGUCCCCCUUCCGGAAAUUCUUCGCACUGGGCAUCUUCUCCAACCUGCGCAAAAAGGCUAGCAUCAAGAAGCCCAAAGAUGAAGAGCCAAAAGAGGCCACCGCUGAGGAGGAGGUCAAGGAGGAAGAGGAAGGCGCAGAGGAGAAGGAGAAAGCCGAGGUAGUCAAGGAAGAGGUACAGGCCGCAACCCCUCCAGAGGAAUCCAUGGCCGAGGUUGCAAUUGAGGCCACUCCCAUACUUGAGACAGCCACCACUAACGAGGUCGUUGUGGAGGUUAAAGCUGAAGCCGAGGUUGCCAUGGAAACCCCAGCUCUAGCUGCAGCUGACGCUACUGAUGAAGCCAAACCAGCAGAGGAGACAGCCGAGGAGGCGACGGAGGGUGACAAGGCACCAGCAGAGGUUGCCCACGAGGCUGAGUUACUGUCCUCCCAGGAGAAGACAAAGGCCCAGGGAAGCCCACUGAAGAAGCUCUUCACUGGGGCGGGCCUGAAGAAGCGCUCAACUAAGAAGCAGAAGGCCAAGAAAGACGCCGAGGCUAAGCUAACCGAGUCUGGGGAGCAGGCUUCUGAGCAGUUACAGUCCUCCACUGAGUCGACCGAGGGCCAGAAAGUCAAUAGUGGCCCUUCGUCCCCAGAGGACUCGGGGGAGCACAUCACCGGAGCAGACGCCUCUCAGGCUGAGGCUGGCCAAGAGGCAGAAGGAGAAGGGACCACCUCGGACGGGGAGAAGAAGAAAGAAGGUAUCCUCCCCUGGUCCUCCUUCAAGAAGCUUGUGACACCCAAGAAGCGUGUCAAAAGGCCCUCAGAGAGUGAGGAUGAAGCCACCGGCGACAAGGCCAAGACAGCCACCUUGUCCUCCACGGAGAGCGCCGUGUUCGUGGACAAACCCGCCAGCGAGGAGGAGGUCAAACCGUCCGAGGAGGAGCCGAAGACUGAGAAUGCGGAGAAACUGGAGAGCAGCAGUGAGGAGCCUAAGAAGAAGAUGGACACCUCAGUGUCCUGGGAGGCCCUGAUGUGCAUGGGUGGUAAGACCAAGAGGACCAGGAGGACCUCGGAUUCAGAUGAUGACGAGACCAAAAUCGAGGAGGAGGUGCAGCCAGAUGGAGAGGAGAAGGCCAACACCAUUGAGUCACCUCUUGUCUGCUCCCAGGAGGCUGAACCAGAAAACACAGUGUCAUCCCCAGAACCACCCACCAGCACUUCAGAUGGAGAGGUGGUGUCGACCUGGGAGACCCUGAAGCGCUUCGUCAUCCAGCGAAGGAAGUCCAAAACCGAGGAGAGGACUGAGGAGGCGGCGGCGCCUUCUGAACAAGUCCUCUCAGACAGUGAAAUCCCCAAAGAGGAGUCCUCCUUCUCUUUGAGAAAGCUCAUCCCCGGACGCAAGAAGAAGAAGCUUGAGAAGCAGUUCUCCUCCGACGUGGGCUCCGGCGAGGAGGACUCGGACACCCCGGCCGUGGUUCCUCUGUCAGAGUACGACAACGAGCCACAGGCUCCGACCGAUGAGACGGCGGAGACGGCUUCAGCGAAAGUCUCGUCUGAGGACAGAUCCCCUUCGUGGAUCUCCACCCUGGCGGUGGCAGAGGAGGUUCACGAGCCGCUGAGUGACAUCCCUGAGGAGGGGGACAACGCUGCGACGCCCAAGUCAGCUGACACCAGCAUGGCUGAGGAGAUCGUGGACCUGACGACAGAAGAGGCGGUGGCAGCCCAAGAGAAAGUGCCCGAGGUAUCUGCUGUCGAGGUGACUACUGAAUUACUCCCUCUGACCUCAGCUGGAGAAACCAACCCUGUUCCAGAUGCCCCAGACUCCGAAUCAGUGGAGGUCGUUCUGGAGGAAGCGGCGGAGGUGCUUAGCGAGAUCCCCAGUCAAUCCAGCGUCCCAGUGGAAGAGGUCCCACUGGAAGAGGCCGAAACUAAUUUGGAGCCCCAACCACCAAUUGACUUUGCGGAAUCGGAGACAAAGCUUGUGCUGGUGGCACACAUCAAGGAUGAAGCCACCGCCAUCUGCACUGGAUUAGGCACCAAGGAGAUUGCCAAACUGGCAAUCGAGAAGCCCGUGACUCCCGUUGUGGAGUGUGUCUCCGUGGUCAGCGAUGCUCUGGUUGCAGAGGUUCCUUUUGAGGACAAGGCUGAAAAGAUUGAGGAGGCCGUUGCAGCUGAAGACCCUGUGUUUAAGGCUCAAGUGGAGCACGUGGAGACCACGGAGCUGGAGCCGGCCCUGGAGAACACCGUGGUAGACGAGACACCCGAGUCUGAGAACGCCAGCGAAGGUAAAGAACCCGAAAUCAUCAAAGUGGCUGUGGUCAAUUCCUUCCAGACAGCGGCUGAAAUUGUACAGCCACCGGUGGUGUCCGAAAACACUCCCAGAGUAGAGAUGGUAGAUCCCAUAGAACCAACCGUUGAAGAAGUCCUGUGCACUGAGACUGUACAGGUCACUUCAGCUUCUAUCGUGGAGGGAAAGAGUGAGGAGAUGGAGGUGGAACAGAUUGUGGCUUCUGAAGAAAACGCUGCAAUUGGAGAAGUAAUUCAGGCUGCAGUUUAUGAUAUGGUUACUAGUAUGGUUGGAACCUCCCAUGCCGACGAGGCGGUCGAAGCAGCCAUUACUGUUGUGGCCCCCACUGAGGAGUUUGCUUCAGCUAAAGACACUGUUUGCCUCGUCGCCCCACUAGCUAUGGAGCCUGAUCAAGUGGAGGUCAAACAAGAAGCAGUGAUGGAGAAUGCCUCAGUCCCACAAAAUGCCACUUGUGACAUUCAAAGCCAGGUGCUGGCAAAGGAUGUCCUCAUUGCUGUUGCAGAACUCGGGUUGGAGGGUGACACUGAAGCAGCAAAGUCAGAGGUCAGCGGGGUUAUUGUGGAGGUCACUGAGAAGUUUGAGGAAGACACCAAGGCAGAGGAAGAGGCAAACACCAUUGAGGAGCAAGGCAUGGUCAUCGCCCAGGUGGUCAUCCAGAAUGCCUUGGACAAAGUGGCACAGAAUGAGUCAGAAGAAGAGAAGCCUGCCACACUGACCACUGAUAUCCCAACCACUGAUAUCCCAACCACUGAUAUCCCAACCACUGAUAUCCCAACCACUGAUGCCCCAACCACUGAUGACACAACACCCGUCCAAGCUGUCUUAACGAUAGAGAAAGAGGUGGAAAAAGCACUAGAGGAGCAACCAGUCAUUACCGGGGUAUCAGUAGUGAAUAUGCAAGCAGAGAAACCUGCUCCAGAAGCACCAGCAGAGGCUGAAACAGCAACACUAUCAGUCAACGAAGCCGUCCAGGUCAUGGAGACAAUUAAAGUUGAGGUCAUCGACAUAGAGGCUCACAAGGAGCCUGAGGAGCCAGUCAAACCGGAAGUGAAUACGGAGGAGUUAAACCAGGCAGUGGAGGUCAACGUAUGUGAGGAGAAGGUGGAAGAGGUAGAAGAAGAAGUGAAAGAGAUUCCAGAGAGUCAGAUGAAUGGGAAGAGCGAGGAGUUCCAGAAGGAAAACGAAAUAGCGGAGGAAGUGUUGCCGGAAGCAUCAGCCAUUGAGAUCAAGGAUAUUCAACCCAAGGUUCAGCAUGCUGAGGUGAAAGAGGUGUCUGAGGCAGGCCCUGUAGAAACAGUAACGCAAGUCCUCGAGACCCCCUCUCAGCCGGAGGAGAAGAAGGUGGCUGCACCAGUAGUCCUUCAGGCCGCGGAGGUGGUUGAGGAGCAGGCAGUAGAGGAACUUCAGAUUGAAGCUGUGGUGGAAUUUGACAGCACAAACAAUGUGGAUGCAGCAGCCAAGGAUGCCCCUGCCAUCGCCACUGUGGAAAUGAACAUGAUAGCAGACCAGGCACCAGCACAGGAGGAGACUGAAAAGAAUGUGUCUACAGAUACUGCUGCCCCAAGCCAAGAGGCCCAAGUCGCUGUGGCAGUUGCCAGCCCUGUGGAGCCGGCGGCACCAGAGACUGAGAAGGCGUCUGCGGUGAAGUGUGCCAAGGUGAUGGCACAGGUAAUCGAGGUGAUCGAGGAGGCAGUGAAGGAGAUUGAGCCUGUCUCCACAGAGCUUACAGCAGCAUCGUGAGCAGCUGUAGGUGCAUGAUGGAUGCCUGGGAGUGUCCAGACCUGGAAGCGUUAGAAAUAGAGAGAGGCUGCUCUGUGGAAUCAUACUGACACUGAGCUCCGCCCCACCCUGCCCAGAGCGACCGAGUGACUGAGCGACUAUUCCACACGUCUCUCUUCUUCAUCCCUACCCCCUUCUCUCCCUCCCUCCCACCCCCCAAGCCCCGCCCAUCACGCAGCACCAGUUCCAUCAUAAAAUGACCAGCUCACACACACCCCUCCCACCCAUCUCAAUUCUUCCCCUCCCAACACACACACACACACCAUGUUCUUACUGUCACUGUGCCAAUGGUGCCCCUCAGAAGCAUCCCAUCCGCCUUGUAAUCAAUGUGAUGUACGCUUGCUGUCUUAAUGACUUUCCAUUGCCCUUGCUACAGUGGCGGGGGUGGGUCUGCUGUCUGGUGUGGUAUGUGUGUGUGUUUGUGUGUGUGUGUGUGUGUGUGUGAGAGCAUGUGUAUGUACGUCUACAUGUGACUGUGUGAGUGUGUGUGCGUGUAUGUGUGUGAGAGAGAAAUAGAACGAGAGAGAGAGACAGAGAGACAGAGGGGGAGAGAGAGGGGGAGAGAAAGAGAGCGCGACAAGACAGUGUGUGUAGUCGGAAAAGUUGGAAGACUUCAUUAUCUUGUAUAUUGUAUUUAUAUCUUAAGUAUUCUCGUCCCCUUUACUUCAUUCUAUUUUUUCAUUGUUUGUAAUAAUGUGCCCCAUCUUCUCAUGUCUGUGAACUCAGAAGUCAGCACUCUAAAACACUGUUAGAAUUUUGCAGAGAUGCUAACAAAAACAUGGUACAAAUGCCAUUUGGCAGUGUAAUAGCAUUGAUUAUACAUUGAUGGGAAAAUGUGAAAGAAAACUGGAGAAAUCCAGUAGAAUUUUGACUUUUGACAUGUUCACUGUCACCCUAAGCUCUCUCUCCACUCAGCCCUCCGUCAUGUUUCAGCGCCUACUGUAGAUAUACAUACUUCACUGCCUGACUGACUGUGAAAUAAGUUACUUACUGAAAUAUAAAUGUCUUUGAAUUUCAUGUAAAGAUACAAUAAAACACUUAUAUUUCACCCUGGUUUGAUAAUGUGAGAAGACAAUGCAUUUCGAACUGUGGUUUGCAAAGCAGGGAUUUUGACGAAAACACGCUGAAAACACUUGUGACACUUGAGGGACUAUACUUGGGCAGGCACAACUUGCACUUGCAUGGGGCAGAAGUCGCAUGUGUUUCUCAGUAUGUUAGACGGUCUAGAACAUGAAGUGUAUGGAUUCUAUGUAGGUGGUGUACAACACUGGCAGUAGAGCCUCAUGCUGGGUUCACACAGGAGAACAGUGCACUGGCACCCUCUGCUGCCUCAUUUGUCUGUUUUAGUCCAGAAUCUUCCAAUCCUCCCAGUUGAGCCAGUGCUGAUAGUAUGCUCACUUAUGUUUUGUGGAAUUGAUGUAGAUUUAUGAAUGGGGGUUAGGAAUGUUUUCAUUUUAUGAAAUGUUUCAAUUGUUUGCUGCAGCCUACACAAAGAUUCACGUUGUAGUCAUGUGUAGGUGUGUGACAAUUUACUAAUGACACUCAGCUGGGAAGGGGACACCGAGCUAGCACAACUGAGUUUUUUUUUGAUGGAACACAACACAAACAUCACAUGGUACCAGAGAAAGAGAGGCGCUUGUUUUGCUGUUAAUAUAAAAGCCAAAUUGAGUUAGGAUCGGUAAUCACGGUUGCCCCUCAUGAUAGGACAUCACUAGGAUCAGAUUAUGACUGGGAAGAACUCAAGACUUGGCUUGGGGGUCAGGACGGUUCAAGUCACCCUGUAAAUAGCAAUGGAGCUGCAAAUGUUGACACUAAUUUGAGAUUUAUAGUUAUCAAUUGAAGAACAGUUGGGUAAUUCCAUGUUCCAGAGAUUUAUUUGUACUUUGUCGGGAGUGUAGAAGGGGGCAGGGUGGGGUAGAAAAACAAAGUCAAAAGCGGAUCUAUCUCCAUCAACGUCGAGAGCAAACCAAAUCAAUCUGAAAUGGCAGAAACAGGAAGAGACACAUCCUUACCAAAUUCAGUCAAAUUGAGGUACUGAUUAUGGGUAGCUGGUUCCUCUUGAACCCUUCAUGUCCAGCCAGUGGUUGACUUAGCUUUAGGGUUUACAGUGCUCAGCUGACAGACCAAACACAGAGAGAGGAACAUAGACAGCCAUUUCUGGUUACAACUUCACUUGGAUGGAUGCAUCACAUCCACAUUUGCUUUCUUGUAACAGAGUAAAAAGACAGAAUGAAACCAUGUAAAAGAUUGUUUUCUUUGUGUUUUUUUGCUAUAUGUAGGUUUAGACCCCCCUCAUACACACCUAAGCUUUUUGUAACACAAUCUAACUGUGAACCUGGUAACAUUUGUACAAAUUGUAUACCCAUGUACCUAAAUAGAAAUAAUAUUGUAAGUAUAAUAAAUAACCUAUAAGCAUUAAAGCAUCUAA